UUUUUUAUUUUUUUCCCUGUGCUCGUGAGAGAAAAGAAAAGGAGGGGAGGGCUGCCGCUGGUUUGGAAGAAGGUUCGGGUUCCUUUUCUUUAUUAUUGUCCCCCGCACGCUGCCCGUGUCCACGUUCUUAUCCUGGCUGAGCGGUUAAAAUGGAGGCGGACAGAUUCGGCGGAGGAGCGAACCCGAACUCCGGAGGUGGCUGCGGCAACAGCAGCGGAGCGGGGCGCAACCCGAACGGGCCCAGAGCAGCACCGGGCCCGGUGACAUCAGCUGCGGCGGCCGGGGCGAUGGCAGCGGCAGCAGUAGUCGUGCCCGGACCUCCGCAGGCUCGGGAGCAGCAGGACGGGGAUCCGGGCAUGACGCUUCCCGGAAUCCUGCACUUCAUCCAGUAUGAGUGGGGACGAUUCCAGGCCGAGAAAUACCGCUGGGAGGCUGAGAGAGACGAGCUCCGGGCUCAAGUGGCGUUCCUACAAGGUGAGAGGAAAGGGCAGGAGAACAUGAAACAGGACCUGGUGAGGCGGAUCAAAAUGCUUGAGUAUGCUCUCAAACAGGAGAGGGCUAAGCACCAGAAACUGAAGACAGGCAAUGACCAGAGUCCAGGAGACAAGAAAUCGGCGACAGAGACAGACCAACUUCCCAAUGGGCCGGCUGAAUCGGAUGCUGAGCCAUCCAAUCAGAUGUCCUGGAAGGAGGGGCGUCAGCUACUACGGAAAUAUCUUGAGGGGGGGUAUUCAGACACCAUCCUGGACAUGCGCUCCAAGCGGGUGCGCUCCCUUCUGGGGCGGAAGCCAGAAGCUAAUGGGCCCCCAUCCAAUGGUCUGUCCGAGCCAGAGCCCCGGGGAGGUGGCGAGUCCUUGUUAGUCAGACAAAUAGAGGAACAAUUAAGAGGAACGCGGGAAAGGAAAAGCUCUAAGGAACGUCUGGGCAGUUCGGUGCUCAAUAAGAUCCCCUUCCUGCAUGGGUGUGAGGAUGACGAUGAAGACGACAGUGAUGAGGAUGAUGACUUCCGGGCAAUAACCACGGACUGCAUUGAUGGUCCCCGCAAGAGCAAGAAGUCUCGUGUAAAAAUGUCCUCGGAGCCCAUGACCACAGACCUGGACCCGGACGACGAAGAGGACGAGGACGACUCUGAAGACGCACUCAAUGAAUUUGACUUCCUGGGCUCGGGGGAGGAUGGGGAGGGGGCGGGAGAGGCCCGGAUCUCGGGUGACGGACGGGAGUUAGGUAUGCUAAAAUCGGCGGAACAGUUACAAGGCAUGAUGUCGGACUUCCCUCCUAAACCUGCCCCGCCUCCCUCUGUAGCGGUGCAGUCUCGCUCUGUGGAAGGUGGCGCGCUGGGCUUCUCCUCUGAUGUCUUAUUGGAUGCCGUAGGAGGAGGGGACAUGAACCUGGGGAAUGGCGAUCUCACUGUUGCCAAUGACAACGAGCUCUCCAUGGAUGUAAUUAAGCACAGGGAGGAGUUUAAGAAGACAUGGAACCCUCGUUUUCACAUACGCAGCCACUUGACGCCAUCCGCGCUUGACCUUUCAACCAGCCAAGCGGUGCUGCUCCACAGCUUUGAGGACGGAACACUAAAACUCUGGAACCUAAACAAAGCCAUGCACUCUAAGAGGAAUGCAGCAUUAGAUGUUGAGCCCAUCUACAGUUUAGAAGCGGCACAGGUGACGGUUCUGUCACUGACUAUGGGUGAGGAUGGAGAAUCCUGCUACAGUGGAGGCCUUGAUGGAACCAUCAGGUGUUGGAAGAUGCCGGACCUCAACGUGGCCUAUGAUAACUAUGAUCCUGGCAUUGAGAGCAGCGUACUUGCAGCUGAGGACAGCGGGUGGGGUCUGACUUAUUCUGCUGUCCAACAUCAUCUGGCUUCCUGCUCAGCUGACCGGUACUGUUCGCAUCUGGGACCUCAGAACUCGGCAACCUGCUUGUCUAUCUUCAAUAAAGAAAAAGAACACGGCACGCCCACCUCGGUGGCCUUCGUGGCAUCUGACCCCAACCAGGUGGUGGUGUCGUUUGACGGUGGCGAGACGCUACUCUAUGACCUCAACACAGAGCAGAGCAUCACAUCGCUUGCGACGCAGACUAAGGAUGGAAGUGAGCUGAUAAACCGUGUGGUCAGUCACCCCUCUGAGCCCAUCUCAAUCACUGCGCAUGAGAAUCGCACUAUACGGUUCCUGGACAACAAGACGGGUAAAGUUGUCCACACAAUGGUAGCCCACCUGGACGCAGUUACCUGUCUAACUACAGACCCCAAAGGCACUUACCUCAUUUCUGGCAGCCAUGACUGCUCAGUGCGACUGUGGAUGCUUGACAACACGUGCGUGAAGGAAAUCACAGCCCACAGGAAAAAGCACGAUGAGGCCAUUCACGACGUGGCCUUCCACUCUUCCCAGCCCUUCAUUGCCAGCGCUGGCGCAGAUGCACUUGCCAAGAUAUUUGUCGACAUUGCCACUGUCAUUAUGAGAAUCCUUCAACCACAACUGGGCCAAAAGAAACGAAAGAGUUCAGCUGUGUGCACGUGUGCGUCCUGCAUUCCACUGGCUGGGCCAUUACCAAAGGACGCCACCUGCCUUCCAUCCCUCACCGUUCUACGAUGCCUCAGUGACUUCUUGUAA